AUGACACCUUAUAAGAACUACUCGCCCUCGUCUUCCUCAACGGCAUCUAUCACCAUCCUCACUGCCCUCCUUCUCUUCAGCUGGUUCUUCACCGCCCUCCUCAUUCUACUCCUCACCUUCACCAUCUUUGUCCUCAAAGACAACUACACCUUCAAGGUCCACCUUGAGCUGAACCAAGUCGCCCCCCUUGCCGCCACCACCCUCACUGUCGUCGACAAGCACCCCCAUCUCCUCCUGCUCACCCUGCUGAGCUCCUUCCUAAUCACCCUCCUCAGCAUCCUCACCCUCGCCCUCAUUGUCCCCCUCACCCUUCGCACCACAAUCUGA